AUGGAGAACCGUUAUGAGGGCUUCAAUGACUACGAUCAUGCCUACGACCCACAGAAUGUUUUCGGUGAUAAAGUUUUUCAACAAGCUGUUGCACGAUCGAGUCAUGGACGAAGGCCG